UUUUGUUUGAGUUAAAUUCAGACCUCUUGAUAUAUCACCUGACAGUCUUGUGGUUUUGGAUGAAUAUGGCUCAUUGCUAUUAUUAACCUGAGUUGGCAGCCAGGCACAAAUAGGAGUUUAUAGGGAUUUUGAAAAGUGGAACUGCUCGGAGGACAAAGAUGCUUCCCAGCUGGCCUUUACCGGAGUUUGACCCAAGCCAGAUCCGACUGAUCGUGUAUCAGGACUGUGAAAGAAGAGGAAGGAAUGUCUUAUUUGAUUCCAGUGCUAAAAGAAAAAUAGAGGAUGUUUCGGUGUCGAAACUCUGCAGUGAUGCUCAGGUGAGAGUUUUUGGAAAAUGCUGCCAACUAAAGCCUGGAGGAGACAGCUCUUCUUCCUUGGAUAGCUCAAUCAAUUCAUCCUCCUCAUUCUCUGAUCCAAAAGAACAAUGCCCAAAAUACCAGGGUUCCCGUUGCUCCUCAGAUGCCAACAUGCUUGGAGAGAUGAUGUUUGGCUCUGUGGCCAUGAGCUACAAGGGCUCCACGUUGAAAAUUCAUCAGAUCCGCUCCCCUCCCCAGCUUAUGCUCAGCAAGGUGUUCACAGCUCGCACUGGAAGCAGCAUCUAUGGCAGUCUGAACACGUUGCAGGACAGUCUUGAGUUCAUUAAUCAAGACAGCAAUACAUUAAAGCCUGACCACAGUACAAUUAUGAAUGGACUUCUUGGGAAUAUAGGUCUUUCCCAGCUUUGCAGCCCCAGGCGGGCAUUCUCAGAGCAAGGUCCGCUCCGCCUCAUCCGGAGCGCCUCUUUCUUUGCAGUUCAUAGCAACCCUAUGGAUAUGCCUGGGAGGGAGCAGAAUGAGGACAGAGACAGCGGUAUAGCAAGAUCUGCAUCUCUUAGCAGUCUGCUCAUCACUCCGUUUCCAUCUCCGGGCUCCUCAUUUAACAAGAGCUGUGCCAGCAGCUACCAGCGGCGUUGGCGUCGCAGCCAGACAACCAGCUUGGAGAAUGGGGUCUUCCCUCGAUGGUCCAUGGAUGAAAGCUUCAACUUGUCAGACGACAGCUCUGGUCCAAACCCAGGAAUUGUUAGGAAGAAAAAGAUAGCAAUUGGGGUUAUUUUUUCACUCUCAAGAGAUGAAGAGGAAAACAACAAAUUUAAUGAGUUCUUUUUUUCACACUUCCCUCUUUUUGAGAGUCACAUGAACAAACUGAAGAGUGCAAUAGAACAGGCCAUGAAAAUGAGUCGGAGAUCAGCCGAUGCCAGCCAGCGGAGUUUAGCAUAUAAUAGAAUUGUGGAUGCCCUAAAUGAGUUCAGAACAACUAUUUGCAAUCUCUACACAAUGCCACGGAUUGGGGAGCCUGUCUGGCUCACCAUGAUGUCGGGGACACCAGAGAAGAACCAGCUAUGCCAUCGCUUCAUGAAGGAGUUCACUUUCUUGAUGGAAAAUGCUUCUAAAAAUCAGUUUUUACCUGCUUUGCUGACUGCAGUGCUGACUAACCACCUGGCCUGGGUCCCCACUGUCAUGCCGAACGGCCAGCCACCCAUAAGAAUCUUCCUGGAGAAGCAUUCUUCCCAGAGUGUGGACAUGCUGGCCAAAACUCAUCCCUACAACCCACUGUGGGCUCAGCUUGGAGACCUGUAUGGGGCCAUCGGAUCACCUGUGAGAUUAGCAAAAACAGUCGUGGUUGGCAAAAGACAUGACCUGGUCCAGAGGUUGCUUUAUUUCCUCACUUACUUCAUCAGAUGCUCUGAACUUCAAGAGACACACCUUCUGGAAAAUGGGGAAGAUGAGGCCAUUGUCAUGCCUGGCACUGUUAUCACUACCACGCUGGAGAAAGGAGAAGUGGAAGAGUCUGAGUAUGUGCUUGUCACAAUGCAUAAGAACAGGGGCAACUUGCUACCCACUGAGUCGGAAGAGAUGAGAGCGCCCAACUGCAGCUGUAAAUAUUGCAAAUGUCCCAUUUCUCUUACACAGAACAUAGAAGGUGUUGCACAGCAAGAGAGAGAAGACAUGCAAAGUACUCCUAAGGUAGAGCUGGAAUCUUCUUCAGAUGAGAACAGAACCAUCGUUCCUGAGGAUAGCCAGGAAGAUGCUGUGGAUGUGACGCAACCAAGGCCCUGCCUGGAUACCAAACUAGAGACUGUGGUAUGCACAGGGUCCGCUUUGCCUGAGAAACGCAUGGGAACAGAAUCUUGUUUGGAGCCAACAGCAAGUACGUGGAGGAAUGAGGAUGCGCUGGAGCCAGGCAUCCAGGUGGGAGGUGGGGCAAGGACACCUGGGAUUGCUGUGGAGAAAAAGCCUCCUGAUAAGCUCUUCAUGGACAUAUUUCCACGCAGCGCUGCCGAGGCUCAGACAAAGGUGACAUUCCUCAUUGGAGAUUCCAUGUCACCUGAUUCAGACAUUGAAUUGAGAAGUCAGGCAGUAGUGGAACAAAUUGCCAGGCAUCACAGCCCACCAGCAGCAGAGGCAAGAGUGUCUGCUGAUCAGAACUGUGAAGCUAAACAAACUAUUGAGGACCAAAAUAAAGACUGUGGGACAGCUGAAUCCUUUCCUCAAGUUUCUAGUGAACAUCAGAGCUGGAACCCAAACUUAUGCAGUGCUGAGAGCAUGAGUCUAUUUGAUGAAUAUUUCACUGAUGACAGUUCAGUUGAAACCCGGACUAUUGAUGAUAUUCCAGGACAAGCAGCUACGAACCUUCUUGCUCACAACAGUAGUUUAGAAUUUUCUAAAAAACUCUGUACAAAGACUUGCAAACCACCUAGUGAAUUUUGUAAAUUUAUGGACUCUGUUCGACAAGAGACCUACAAAAACUGCUUUAAUGAGCAGGACCAAAGAGAGAAAAUCUCAAUUUGUGUCCCCCAUGGGGACAGAGAAAAUGUAGAGAAAAAGGUUGCCCCAGGAAUUGAUUGGGACAUUCCAAGAAAUGAGAGUUCAGACAGUGCCCUGGGUGACAGCGAAAGUGAGGAUACAGGCCAUGAUCUAAGUAGACUGGGCAGUAACUAUUAUGGAGGAGAGCAAGAAGACUGGGCAGAGGAAUAUGAGAUUCCCUUCCCUGGGUCAAAAUUAGUUGAAGUCAACUCUGUCCAGCCCAGUAUUGCCAACUUUGGAAGAUCCUUACUAGGAGGCUACUGUUCAUCUUAUGUGCCUGACUUUGUUUUGCAAGGAAUAGGAAGUGAUGAAAAGCUGAGGCACUGUUUGGUGUCAGAUUUGUCUCAUGCUGUGCAGCACCCUGUUCUGGACGAGCCCAUUGCAGAAGCUGUCUGCAUUAUUGCAGACAUGGACAAAUGGACCGUGCAAGUGGCCAGUAGCCAGAGGCGAAUGAUUGAGAAUAAACUAGGAAAAGAAGUGUUAGUCUCCAGUCUCAUCUCCAACCUGCUUCAUUCCACUCUUCAGCUUUACAAGCAUAAUUUAUCUCCAAAUUUUUGUGUGAUGCACCUGGAAGAUCGGCUGCAGGAACUCUACUUCAAAAGCAAGAUGCUGUCCGAGUAUCUCAAGGGCCAGAUGAGAGUCCACGUCAAGGAGCUAGGCAUGGUGCUGGGGAUUGAAUCCAGCGACCUCCCCUUGCUGGCAGCUGUAGCGAGCACUCACUCUCCAUACGUUGCCCAGAUCCUACUUUAAAAUGCCAGAGGCCACAGACUUUGACUUUUUGCUUCUCUGGAAACAAAGUGGAAGACAACUUGUACUGGCUUCUUUCUCUUUGCAGCAAGUAAAACAAACUGCUUGUUGAGCUGCAGCACCUCCAAAUAUGACUGCAUGGUGUGCAAACAGUUGGAGACUUCUCCUCUCCCACUUGGCCACUUAUAAAAAAUGAUAAAGAAAGGAAAAAGGAAAACUGAGUAAGCCCAAGAUUUCCGCCACAGAAAAGUGGAGAUUUUAGCAAAGCUGAAGAGAUGCAUUUUUUAGCAAUUUCUGCCACAAUGGCUGGCUGUGACUUAACACUGGGAAAUGGAGGAAGAACUGCUCUGAGAAAUACGUGAUACCAUCACCCCUUACAAAACUGAAAAAGAGAGCAGCUGCCUUCAGCCAGGCUUCAGCUGAUGAGGAUCACGUUAAUAACAGUCAGCUACAGAAUUUAUUUAUGAUCUUUCUCCUGGGAAGAGGAAAAGUGGGAGACAGAGGGCGAUGGAAAACAGAGGCCAACAGAUAAACUAGCAAUGGAGUUUCUUGGCUGGAUGCUGUAACCAGUAUUAAAUGUUUAUAAUGUUUAAAUGUUGCUUUAUACUAAAUGAUGCUUUUCUUCCUCAACAUAAUCAAAAUGUUAAAAAUAAUCUAAAGAGAGCAGUGGCUGAAAUCUCCCCGUGGGUUCCCCAGAAUAUGACAAUUACCUCUGAUUUUUUAUGAUCUAUAAAAUCUUGGACCAUCAUAUUCUUUUUACAGCAGUCAGUCAGCUAUUGAAAGAAUUAACUAGAAAAAAUUAUACCAAAGCAUUGGGGACAAAAGGAGUAGACUUAUUACCCUUAAUUGCUCAGGUAACUAAUUGAUACAUUUUUUAAAACUGUUCUACCAAAAAAAUGAACAUUGAUUACACCACAGUGUAGUAAUAUUCAAAUUAUUUUUUGAAAAAUACACCCUUGCUGCAGAUGACUCUAAUCCCUUUUCUACUCACUUGUAUAAUUACCAGCAGGAAAUGUUGUUUAUUUUAUUCUUACCAUUUCUCUAUUACUCAGCCAUCACUGGUUUUGUCGUUGUAUAUACAAUAGCUGUAUGAGUAGCUGAUGGACCCAACCUGGUGUAAGUAAUGUAAAUAGACAGUGGGAGAUGGAUUAUGUUUUUGAAGGCUCUACUACCUCAGUUUAACUGGAGACUUCAUUCUAGGCUUUGUUUUGCAUAUUUGUCCUAGCAGCCAAUUAAUGUUGCUGAUUUUUAGCUUCUGUUUUCAUCUGUUUGGUUUAGUAUAUUGAAAUUCAUGGAUUAUCCACACAAGUAGGAGACACAUAUUCACUUGGUUGCUAAACUCUAUAAAAUUUCUAUAAAUACAUCAUUCUGUAAUCAUCUUUUCAAUCGUACAGCAUGCCUGCUAUUGUUGUUUGCAGAGUUACUUUAAGUACAAAUCUAUUUUAACCAUUUGAUAAACUUGAAAACAAUAGGAGAGAUCCCUGCCCCACCUCUGUAUUCUGACAGAACUCUCCUCCCUUCCUUCUCUGGGGCCAGGAUUCACCUAGAGUAGUUUUUCAGUACGACUUAAAAUCUGUCACCUGAAACUUUGUUCGAGGGAGAUCUAUGUGUCAAACCCACCCCUCCCUUCCAUGUAGGACUGAUUCUACGUCAGGAAGUGACCUCAGCAUUAAUACAGGCAGUAUCAUUGGAAACUCCUUUGUAUAUAAAAUCUAAUGCUGACUGCUGCAGGGGAAAACCUCAUGUUUUGAUAUAUGUGAUAUAUAUCCUAUAUAUAUUAUAUAUAGAUAUCAGAUAUAUCAAUAUGUGAUCUAGGGAUUUGUUUCUCCCAUAUUUCAAAUAUCCUUUCCUUGCCACACAAUUAUAUGACAUCUGGCUUUUGGAAUGAGCACAAAACAGGGGCCCAGUUGUGUAAACACAUUUCUAAUGAAAUAUAGGCUUGCACUCAGAACAUGAACGUUUAACUCUUUGCUAGGAUAUAUGGUAUAGGCAGUAGUUAGGAUACCAUGUUAUGCAUAGGCUGGCAGUGGUCACCUGGCGGUGUCUGUGCAGCUGGGGCUGGCAGAGGAGGGUUUCUGCCUGUGCCUGGGAAGGUUCCAUAGGUGAGUUCAUCCACAGCACGUCCUCAGAAAGCUGGGCAGCUGCACCCUCACCCUGCCAUCCCCCAGGACUGUGCUUAUAAUGAUCCUUAGAGGAGAAUAUUGAUCCUCAUUUGAUCCAUUAUUGCACGAAUUGUUGGGGUCACUUUGAAAUGGGUUAGACGCUCCAGAAAGGCCCUUGCAUGGCUUUCAAUUAGUAUUAACAUGAGACUAGAAGGAGAUCGCUCUUGGGUGGCACCUUCUCUGCUUCCCUCUGCCUAACACCACUUGGUAAUGGCGUUAAUGAUGUGUUCAGUGAGUCCGAGAUGGAGCAGCCACAGAUGGAGCUUCCUCGUCAUCCUCCCACAGAACAGUGCCAGUCCCUCCUGGCAUGGCAGCACCCUCUCCGCCUCUCAGCAGUAUUGUAGGCAGAACACAGCCAAAACCCUUCCGUGAUGGGAAGUUUUCCUGUGAGUUAACUUUUUGGGUACAUAAACAAUGUGGUACGUAUGUCUGUUUGUUAAAUAAUACAAAAAAAUAUUUUUACAGGAUAUAGCAUUGACUUUUUAAAAUAUAUCACAAUUCUUUUAUGUGAAUAGAAAACUAAUGUUCGAUUUCUUCUUUCCACUAUUCCCAAUCUCCAUUUUUAACAUGUCUUCUUUUCUGGCUGAAACCUAAGUGUACUAGGCACACAAAUUAGCACAUUUGAUUUUGUUGCAAUUGGCAAACACUGGGCUGCUAAGAACAAACAACUGUUUAAAAGAACAGAUUUUACACCUUGCAUAUGUUUCCCUAUUAGUUCUUAGAGAUGUUUUAUGACAAUGUUUUGCUUUCUCUAAAUUAUUUAGGUGGUGGUACUUGUAAAAUGCUGAGUAAAAUGUACAUACUUGUUAUCUCUUCUGUUUUUGUAUAUAUUUCCCAAGAUGUGCACUUGUAUUAUAAUAACCAUUCCCAAUUUUAGGGGAAAUUUGUGCAAUAAAUACAGUAUGUCAGUUUA